ACCAUUGCUUCUUGCUGGCUCCCCAAGGACAAAUUCCUGGGGAUAUUUCCCAUUUCCUCUUUGGGGAGUCUCCAACUAGGCAACUUUCUAUUCCCACUCUGUUGUAAGCCCUAGGACCCCCAUGCAGUAAGACAGGCACUAAGACCCAGCUGGCUGCCCCUCUGCUCCUCCCUGACCAGUCCCCCAAAUCCCCGCCCCUUUCCCCCUCUGCCAACUCCUUCUUCAGCAUCUGGAGGCCAGGGCCCUCAAGGAGCCAGUGGGACUCCGGGCUUGGGGCAUGGGGCAGUCGUGGGGGCUUCUGCUUCUCCUGGUGGGCAGUGCCUGGGCACAAUAUGAGAAGUAUAGUUUUCGGGGCUUCCCCCCUGAGGACCUCAUGCCCCUAGGCUCAGCCUAUGCCUAUGCCCUGGAGCAGUAUGAGGGUGAGAGCUGGAAGGAGAGCGCCCGCUACCUGGAGGCAUCCCUGAGGCUGCACAGGCUACUUCAGGACAGUGAGGCCUUCUGCCAUGCCAACUGCAGCAGUGCCAGGCCCUCUGGGGAGCACUCCCCAGCCUGGGGGACCCAAGAAGAGCUGCAGGAAGAGUGGGGUCGAGAGCUCUGGUUCUUUGGGCAGGUGUUGGAGCGGGCAGCCUGCCUGAGGCGGUGCAAACGGACGCUGCCGGCCUUCCAGGUACCUUACCCUCCUCCACAACUGCUCAAGGACUUUCAGAGUCGGCUGCCUUAUCAGUAUCUUCAUUAUGCCCUAUUCAAGUCUAACCAGCUAGAGAAAGCAGUAGCUGCUGCCUACACCUUCUUGCAAAGGAAUCCCAAGCAUGAGAUGACCACCAAGUACCUUAACUACUACAGGGGACUCCUGGAUGUGGAUGAGUACCUCACAGACCUGGAGGCCCACCCCUAUGAGGCAGUGUUUGUCCAGGCUGUGAAGCUCUACAAUAGUGGUGAUUUCCGUAGCAGUGUUGGGGAUAUGGAACGAGCUCUUGCUGAAUAUCUCACUGUCUUUGCCAAUUGCCUGGCUGGUUGUGAGGGGGCCCAUGAGCUCUCAGAUUUCAAAGACUUCUAUCCAGCAAUUGCAGACCGUUUUGCAGAAUCUCUGCAGUGCAAAGUGGACUGUGAAACCAAUUUAACCCCCAAUGUGGGUGGCUACUUUGUGGACAAAUUCGUGGCUACCAUGUAUCACUACCUUCAGUUUGCUUACUACAAAUUGAACGAUGUUCGGCAGGCUGCCCGAAGUGUAGCCAGCUACAUGCUUUUUGACCCUGCAGACAGCGUAAUGCAGCAGAACUUGGUGUAUUACCGAUUUCACCGAGAGCGAUGGGGGCUGCAGGAGGAGGACUUCCAGCCCCGAGAGGAAGCAAUGCUGUACCAUAACCAGACCACAGAACUCCGGGAACUGUUAGAUUUUGCUCGAUUAUAUUUGCAAUCAGAUGAUGAGAUGGAGCUAGAGGAGACAGAAGCACCAUUGGAGUCAGAACCACCACCAUCAGAUGCAGAGUUUGAAGGAGACGGUGACUAUGAGGAAGGCAUCUAUGCAGAUUGGUGGCAAGAGCCCAAUGCCAAGGGUGAUGAGGCAGAAGCUGAGCCUGAGCAAGCGUGAGAUGAAUUUGCUGUAGGGAGCACUCCAAAUGACCAGGCCCUUCUACCUCCGAGGAAGCAGCAGCAGAGACAACAACAAAUAUUUAUUAAAAAUUCAUGAUGAACAGAACUGGCAUUCCCCCCCCCGCCCCCCGCUUCCACCCCACUCCCCAAACCUUAGGGUCUCCACCCCUCCAGGUGUUCAAUUUUGCAUUCUUCAUCUCUUCUCUCUAGUUCCAAUGGAGCCAGGGCCACAUGUAUUGUCCGAGGGGGACGGGAGAGAACUUCCCCACUCUACUUGGUUUCUCCUGCCCUCCUCUGUCCCAAGUCUCUGGACUCAGGAACCCGAGAUUCUUAGCAAUGAAGCUAUGGAUGGAAGCACUUGCAACCCUUGGAUGAUGCCUUAAAGUGGACUUUGACAAGUGUUGGAGACAAGAGGAACAGCGUACUGUAGUGGAAAAGUGCACUGGAAUAAGAGUUGGGAAGUCGGAGUUCAAACCCUGGCUGUCUCAUUAAUUAGCUGGGUGAACUUUAGGAAGUCACUUCCCUUCUCUGAAAUUUAAUUUUCUUAUCUGAAGAUUAUGACAGUCCUAUGGAGGGUCUGUGUCCUAUGAGGAGGAGGAGGAUUGAUAUAAAUGUGCUGGUAUAAAA